AUGGGUCCUCCACGCAAAAAAGAUCGUGUCAAUAAGGGAAAGCAUUCCCUUAACCCUGAUCGAGGCAAACAGGAGAAGGGGUCCACGAUGCGGACGAAAAGCACGAUUAAGCGUCUGAACAUGUAUCGCAAUUUUAAGGCUAAGCGUGAUAAAAAGGGUCACAUAAUUCGCGCUGCUCCAUUUCAAUCCACCGUAGCGUCCGGGACGGUCUCACGUGUUGAACCAAAUCGUCGCUGGUUCGGCAACACGAGGGUGAUUUCACAGGAUUCUCUACAGGCAUUUAAAGAAGCAAUGAAAAUUAAGAAUCCCUAUGAAAUUAUGCUUCGCCAAACACGGUUGCCUAUUUCUCUGCUGGACGAGAAGAAAGUGAAGAAAAAACCAGAUAUUCUCGCCGCUGAGAGUUUCGCGUACGUAUUCGGCAAAAAGGCUAGGCGUAAGCGACCCCAUCUCGCUUGUGACAAUCUGUCGUCUCUGGUCCGUAAAGCAGAGAAAAAUCGGCGAAACUACCUCCAAGAGAAAGAUUGCAACCUCCAGCGUGAUAACAACGGGGUACGUGAUCUGACCAGUGACCCUCAUUUCAAGGCAGGAAGCUCCAAACGUCUGUGGAACGAGCUUUUCAAAGUUAUCGAUUCUUCUGACGUAGUCCUUUAUGUGCUUGAUGCCCGUGAUCCUAUGGGCACUCGGUCGAGGUAUAUAGAGCAGUACAUGAAGAAGGAGAAACCCAAUAAACACCUUAUUUUUGUCAUUAACAAGGUGGACCUGGUACCUGUCUGGAUAACAAAACGGUGGAAAACCAUACUGUCUGCUGAGCAUCCAACUCUCGUUUUUUACGCCAAUCUGACUAAGCCUUUGGGUAAAACUGCUCUGAUGAGCCUUCUGCGUCAACUGGCUGGUUUUCACGCUAAAGAUCGUCACCAAAUCAGCGUGGGUAUUAUUGGUUAUCCUAACGUGGGGAAAUCGAGUAUUAUCAACGCUAUGCGCUCCAAGAGGGUAUGUAAGGUGGCACCAGUGGCUGGCGAGACCAAGGUGUGGCAGUACGUGACGCUGCUCAAAUCAAUCUACCUCAUCGAUUGCCCCGGUGUUGUUUAUCCUGAUGGGGAUACAGAAGCUGAGAUGGUCAUGAAGGGUGUGGUGCGAGUGGAGUAUUUGAAACAGCCAGAGAUGUACAUUCCUGAGGUAUUGGAAAGAGUGAAGCCGGAAUUCAUGCAGCAGCGCUAUGGACUUCCGAAUUUCGAUCCCACCUGCCAUCCCCUCUUCACUGAAUCGGUAAGCGAGCAAAAUACGGCUGAGAUGGUUGCUGCUUCGGCUAUCGAAUAUUCACCCACUGCGAGGUGGCCCGUAGACGCCAAUCUCUUCCUUGAACUAGUCGCCAAGAAGACGGGCAAACUUCUCAAGGGUAGCGAACCAGACAUCAUCACAACAGCGAAGCGCGUGCUCAACGACUUUCAGCGUGGAAAGCUUCCCUACUUCGUGAAGCCACCCCCUCUCGAAAACGACAGUAAUGGUGUCUCCGGUGUUGCCAAUACUGAUUCUGCUAGUGCUACAAAAGGUGAUCAGGGGGAGGCUACACCAAGGGAAGAUACACUGGAACAGGCCUUUAUCGACGCAUUCGACGCUGAACCGGAGGCAGAACAUAAUGAGGAAAAUGUGGAAGAGGAAACUAGUAAGGAAGAGGAGACGGCUAAUGAAGAGGAAAGUGAGAUAGAAUGCGUAGAUGAAGCAGGUGCCGGCGGAAUAAACCUUCUGCCCAACUCGGAGGACGAAGCGGAAGCAGCAGCGGAGGAGGAAGCUGCGGCAUCAUUGAAAGGUUUAUCGGCGGCUCGUAAGCGUCAAUUGGAGCGCGCCUUGCGCAGGAAGGCCGGCCGUGCUGGCCGCCACUAUUACGAGGAAGUGAAUGUGAAGAACAGAAAGCGUCGUAGCGGUGGUGGUAAAAAGUAG